ACUGUUAAUGGUGAAUUUAAUGGUUCAUUAGUUGCUUAUGAACUUCCACCAUUAGGUGACAUACGUAAAGGAAAUUUUAUAAAACAUAUUCUUGCUAGUGAUUUUCGACCACUUACUCAAGCCAAAGGUCAAGGAGCACCAGGACAAGCCAUAGCAAUUCAAUUAUAUUCUCUCACUGUACGAAAGAAGCCUAGUUUAAUAAUAUCUGGUGAUGAUGAUGGUUGUGUGUAUUUCCUAGAAGCAAUUCAUGAUGAUGAUCCAUCAAAUUGGGAAUAUUCAAUAAAGAUAAUUCAUCAAUCUGAUAAAUCAACGACUGGUCAAGUUAGUGUUGAAGAUGUUGACAAUGAUUGUCAUCCAGAAAUGUUUGUACCGGCUUAUAAUGAAGGCAUUGUCUAUAUUUAUCGACUAGUGGACAAAUAA